AUGCAGAUAAUUUUUUCGGCAAUCUUCUACAUCAUCUCAGUGGCUCUCUUCCCAGGCUUUCUGAUGGUGGGCUAUGCGACCAUUUUUACCAUGUUUCCAGUCUUCUCAUUGGUGUUGGACAAGGAUGUGGCCGAUUCUGUGGCCAUGACCUAUCCUGAACUUUAUAAGGACCUUACAAAGGGCCGUGAACUCACCGUCAAGACAUUCUUCAUCUGGAUCGUUAUCAGCAUAUAUCAGGGUGGUGUAAUAAUGUACGGCGCACUUCUGCUUUUCGACUCUGACUUCAUUCACGUAGUCUCUAUCACCUUCACCUCAGUCCUCCUUACCGAGCUCCUCAUGGUGGCGCUGACUAUCCGUACAUGGCACUUCGUCAUGAUUCUUGCCGAACUUGCCAGCCUUGCCAUCUAUGUGAUCGCACUGGUUGUUUUCAAAUCUUACUUCGAUCAAGCCUUUCUCCUCACGUGGAACUUUGCUUGGAAGGUAUUUGCCAUCACGGCAGUAAGCUGUAUCCCUCUGGUCAUUCUCAAGUGCAUCCGAAUGAAGCUACGGCCACCAAUCUACUCCAAAUUGCGAUAA